GGAGGAGGAAGAGGAGGAGGAUGCUCUGAAUCACCUUCACUCAAUAGUGACCGAUGACUUCAUGACGUGGCCCAUUUAUGGACCAAUCAGAAAAGGCGCCACUUCCCCUUUAAGAGCAGCUGCAUUGCCUGGAGAAUAGAUGCGCGCGCGUCAUGUAUCAGUCUCUAUACUGCUCACUGAUGGAUCAUAAAGCGAUGCGAUGCGCUGGACUCGUCAACAAUCUGGAUUAACAGCACUGGCAUCAGAUGCAGUGACGCAUUUAACGGAGCGGUUUGCCGUGGCAUUGGCAUGGCCUAGUAAUGAACGGCGACGGGGCUCCCAGCAGCCCGGAGCACUCCUCCUGCACGCUGCCCGAUUGGAAGGAGUUCUGUGAGCUGCACGCACGAGCUUCCGCAGCCGAUUUUGCCUACAAAUUCCGGCGAUUCAUUAGUGAGAACCCAUGCUACGACUCGCCCGGUGCUGACGCCAACUUUUCGCAACACUUUGCGCAACACUUCUUGACCUGCUUCUCUGCCGCCCUCGACCAGGUUCAAGGUUUUGGCUCUCCGGGCGACACCUCCGCUCCUAAGUACAGCAUCGUGCCCUUUGUGGGAAUACAGAGUUGCACAUUGCCCUUCAGCCACGACCUCUACCAUCGGCGCAAAGACGUGGGGGCCUCGAGCGAGUCUCUGGAUAGCAUGGACAGCGGAGGGGGUGGAGCCAGCGGACAGGAACAGCAAACGCCCACCCGCAAGAUGGCAACCGUGAGCCAGUCCAGAAGUUCGGAAGACGUGUCGCUGGGGCGUCGAAAGGCGCGCUUCAAGAAGGGCUUUUCCCUGCGCAACAUGAGUCUGAGCGUGGUGGACGGGGUGAAGGAGAUCUGGCACCGCAGGGCCUCUCCAGAACCAGACCCUUCGGGGAGCUCCAGGAGGACCAACGGAGCAGAGUCCAUGGGGUCCGAACACUGGAGCCAGAAGCUACGGCUACCGCGGGCCUCUCAGGGCCACAAGGCGGAACUGUUGGAGAUCCAGAGGGAGGGUGCACUCAGAUACAUGGUGGCCGAUGACACUAACUGUAUGGGGGCGGCACAGUGGCAGAAAUGCAGGUUACUGCUGAGGAAGACGGCAGGCACGUACAUGGACACUGGAGAGAAGUUCCAGCUUGAGUUCUACGUUCCACCAAAGUCAUCUAAACCCAAAGUGAGCGUCCCUCUGUCUGCUAUUGUGGAGGUGAGGACCACCAUGCCUCUAGAGAUGCCUGACAAAGACAACACGUUUGUGCUCAAGGUAGAAAAUGGUGCUGAGUACAUUUUGGAAACCAUCGACUCGUUGCAGAAGAACUCGUGGGUCGCAGACAUCCAGGACUGUAUAGACCCUGGGGACAGCGGCGAUGACAUCGAGCUGGCGUCGUGUGCUCUCGUCCAGCCACCCAAAGACUUCACGCUGGUGUCCUCCUGCAGCUGCGAGCUGCUGUGUGAUGGUUCUCAUCGGGGCUCUGAGAGGUUGUGCUCUAUUGCUGUGGAUCAGUUGACUGCUGCCCACUGCCAGGAGCUGCCCGUCACCCAGCACCCCUCACAUGUGCCGCUAGAGCGAUUCCUGCAGUCCCCAGAGGCCCAGAACACAGACACACCGGCAUCAGGAAGUCCAGGUGAAACGCCGAGGGAUGUGGAAGGAGAUGCCAGUUUGGCGGGUUACCCAUGGUUCCACGGGACCCUGUCGCGGGUGCGGGCGGCCCAGCUCGUUCUCGCCGGCGGUGCACGCAGUCACGGUUUGUUUGUGAUCCGUCAGAGCGAGACACGUCCUGGAGAAUACGUCCUCACCUUCAACUUCCAGGGCAAAGCCAAGCACCUGCGGUUGUCUGUGAAUGACAGCGGUCAGUGUCACGUGCAUCACCUGUGGUUCCAGACGGUGGCCGACAUGUUGCGGCACUUCCACGCGCACCCCAUCCCUCUGGAGUCUGGUGGCUCCACCGACAUCACACUGCGCUCAUUCGUACAGGUCCAGCGCUCUCCCACAGAUGUGGCAGCUCCUCAUGUCCCAGCCCCCCCGCGGGACACCGCUGUCUGUCGGGCAGAACCGCCCCAGUCGACACAUCAGCUGUCCGGCGCUCCGUCAGACACGGCGCUGUCGUCCAGCUCGUCCUCGUCGCCGAUGGCCCAGCCGGCCGCAGGAGGCCUCCACAGCCGCAGCAACAGUGCCGAGAGGCUGCUGGAACCUGCCGCCGCCAACGAAGACUACCACGACAGCGACGGCUCGCGGCGGACUAGAGCUGUGGAGAACCAGUACUCCUUCUACUGACGCUGAGAGUGCAGUGUUUUUACUGCUCCAUCAGACACUCUCCUCCGUUAUUACCACAAACACACGUCAGAAUGAGCUCUGAGUUGAUGCGUGUGAUUUACCAUGUUGAUAAUACACCUCAUGUAUGUACACUGGCCGUCAGAAGUUUGGGGUCAGUAAGACUUUUUAAUGUUUUUAGAAGGUCUCUUCUGCUCACCAGUGCUGCAUUUAUUUGAUCAAAAAUACAGUAACAAUUGUGAAAUAUUAUUACAAUUUAA